AUGACCUGGAAACGGAAAUCAGGAUUUUGUAGGACUACUAGGAAGGCUGCCGCUCUAAAUAAAGUUCGAGAUUUCCAACUGCCUCAACCUGAAUAUAACGAAACCUGUCAACUAAUGCCAAAGUUUAUCGUAGAAGAAUAUGACUGGAAGCAGAUUCUACUUGUUCUUAAAUGUGGUAGUGGAGCCCAAAUAGUGCACGUCACCUUGAAAACAUUGUACAUCUGGAUGUCUGAGACGGAGUUGAGUCUAAAGAAAAACAUGAGUGUACGAAAUUCUUCAGACGCAACUUUCGUAAACUAUAUAAGCGACAUCGGUUCCGGACAAUGUUUGCUCUCUGAUCCACUGAGAAAUGUGAUUCGAAUUAGGCUAGAUAUUUUGCUCGAAACGUCAUCUAUUUCCGAAAUAUGCAAAUUCGUAUUUGAUGAUUUAAGUGAAAACUACAAAAUUGCAUCACGGCUGUGUUCCCGAGCUCUCAUCGCCUCAACCAAUGAAGUGGUAAACAGUGUGAAUGAGCACAUGAUUAGCAACUUCCCUAGGAAAAGUCGAGAGGACUGUAAUUCGGAUAUAACACAUGAUGAAAACUACCACCAGUACACACAGGCUUUCUUGAACAACUUAAAUCCAUUGGAAUUGCCACCCCAUAUAAUCAAAUUGAAAAUGAACUAUCCGAUAGUGCUCCAUAAGAAUUCUGGUCCAUCCAAUGGAACAACAUACACUUAG